AUGGCAAUUGCACGAACUGGAGUUUACGUUGAUGAUUACCUCGAGUAUGCAAGUACUUUCCCUGCAGAGCUUCAAAGACUCUUGAAUACAGUUCGCGAACUAGACGAGAGAUCUCAAUCGCUCAUAAAUCAGACAAGGCAACAAACCAAGUAUUGCUUAGGGAUUGCCUCACAGAAAGGUAAUGGCAAUCAUUACAACAAUGGCUGUAAUGAUGAAGACGAAACGAUUGAGAAAAUGCGUAAAGAGAUUGAGUCUAGCCAAGAAAAUGCUUUGAGUUUGUGUACUGAGAAGGUCUUAUUGGCUCGACAAGCGUAUGAUCUUAUAGACAGUCAUGUAAAACGACUUGAUGAAGAUCUGAAUAAUUUUGCUGAAGAUUUAAAGCAAGAAGGAAAAAUCCCACCAGAUGAGCCCUCUCUUCUUCCUCCACUACCUAUCGUUCCUAAACCGGAAAAGCGCAAGUCCUUCUAUAGCACACCUCAGUCUAAGAAGAUUGAUUACAGAGAUAGAGAGUGGGACCGUGACAGGGAUUUUGAGCUCAUGCCUCCUCCAGGAAGCACUCGGAAAGACUUCACUCCUAUUGAUGAGCAGCCGAUCGAUCCAAAUGAACCAACCUACUGUGUCUGCCAUCAGGUGUCAUUCGGAGACAUGAUUGCCUGUGACAACGAGAAGAAUUGUCAAGGAGGUGAAUGGUUUCACUAUACAUGUGUUGGUCUCACACCGGAGACUAGAUUCAAAGGGAAGUGGUAUUGCCCUACCUGCAGGCUCCUACCACAGUCGCAUUAA